AUGCGUAGCAGUCAAGAGCAAGACUAUGAAGGCUGGACCUGGCUUUACUCUCACCCGCCGCCCGCGUCUCUCUUCUCUGACCUUCAGGUAAAUGGGGAGUGUCUCUGUUCCGAUGCGCUGGAGGAUUGGACUACAGGUCAUAUCCUCCUAGAGGAUCUCCUGAAGUACGAAGGCGUAUUUAGCUGGGACCCAGUUCUACUGCAGCGAAGUAUCCGAGAGGUUAGCGACUACAACGAGAAGGACCCCGCGACCUGGCCCCUCGUCACCGAGACUUUUCUCCGCGACUGCCUCGGAAUGGACUACGAUGGCCAGCAACACCUUACAACAGUCAUCGUCUAUGAGACAUCCAUUGUUUUCCGGUACCUCAGCCAACACCUGCCCUUUCUCGGCAUACAGGCAAAUGGGCCUGGCAGGGAUCCGAACUGGCGAUACCACAGGUUCCCAUACCAGUAUGAUGUGACUGGAACGCCGCGUCGCCAAGCCUUGUUUAUACCGGCAGAAGCGCGGAAGCGCUCGAUCGCUGAGGUAACUAGAACAAGUCAGCCACCACCAGCAAAACAGCCGGAGUCUGCAGAGAAUGCGUACAAGCAAGACCUCCAGGUGCUAUCCGAGACCGAGCCGAACAAUACCACAGACCUGACCGUUCACAAGGAAGACCUCCGCAAGACUCUAGCUACGGCAGCCGCCGAGAUGACAAAAGCAUGCAAGAUAGUCGCAGACUUGCAUGAGACGGUACGCAACUCGGAGGAUGAGCUGAGGAGCCACACCGUGGGGGCUGAGCAGGAUCUUUGCGCUCUGAAGGCCAAGCACCAGAGUGAGGUGGAUGUGCUGAAGGAGCGCGCCGUCACGGCGGAAGAGAAGGUCAAGGAACUGGAGCAACAGCUGAAGACGCGCGACGAACAGCUGAAGAUGCGUGAUGAGGAGCUCGCGGGUGCACGGAGGGAAACGUCUCAGGCGAAUAGGCGUAUAUUGAAGAUGGGAAUGGAGAGAAUGGGGGUAAUAAACACGGCCAAGCAUGCCGAGGCGAAGAAGAGGAAGGCCACUGACGAUGGCGCUGCUUUCGGUGUCCAGGGCAUUGCAAAGAAGACCAAGGAUGCUGAGCCGCCGCCGCCGCCGAAGAAGAAGAAGGUUGCUGGCGAUGGCACAGCUCUCGUUGGGCCGCUUAUCGUAAAGAAAACUCGGUCUGGGCAGUAGACCUGGAUGCGUUGCCGGCCGGGAUCUUCGGCAGACGGCAAACAAAAG